AAGUUUGGAGAAAGGAUUACCGGUUCCACCGAACUUGUAUAUCAUGGGAUGGGAGAUCGUCUCCACUUCAGUGACGGCUACACAAUAACCUCAUGGACCAUGUCCGUUCAAGUGAUUUCAGUGUCAGGUCAUGAGCCGAAAAGCAUAAUAUCCACGUGGUGCCGGCAUAUAAAAGCUUUGCGCGCCUGCUUAAAACUUACCGCCGGGUAGCGAGGACGAUGUUGACCGUGUGGAUCGUAGUUCUUUGCCAUCUUAUUGCGUUGCUUUGCGUCCACGCUUGCGACCGACAGCAUGACCAGAAUGCAUAUGGCGGUCACAGUUUGCAAUGUCAGAAACUUGACGCGGCUGGUCUGCUGACUGUCGAUGAGUGGUACGCCUAUUUCAGUAUAGAAGAGGUACACCAAGUUGUCCUCAAGUCUGGGACCAUUGAUUCAUAUGUAGCCUCUGAAUCGCCUAUUGCCAAGGCUGGCGUUCUUGCGAACAUCGGUCCAAAUGGUGCCAAAUCUCAAGGUGCCAAGCCUGGCGUCGUCAUCGCUAGUCCGAGCACCAGUGACCCGGACUAUUUGUUCACCUGGACUCGCGACUCGUCCCUCGUCUUCAAAGCCUUGAUCGAUCAGUUCACAUCGGGCGAAGAUACGUCCCUCCGAGUCCACAUUGACAAUUUCGUCAUUUCCGAGGCGACUCUUCAGCAAGUCUCCAACCCUAGUGGAACGGUCAGUUCUGGCGGCCUUGGCGAGCCAAAAUUCAAUAUCGACGAGACAGCGUUCACCGGAGCCUGGGGUCGCCCUCAACGAGAUGGCCCUGCCCUGCGUUCUACCGCCAUCAUUAGCUAUGCUAAUUGGCUUCGUGCUAACGGCAAUAGUAGCUUCGUAGCCAACACCCUCUGGCCCAUCAUAAAGCUUGACCUCGACUACGUUGCUUCUAACUGGAACCAGUCUACCUUCGAUCUCUGGGAAGAAAUCAGUUCUGCUUCUUUCUUUACCACGGCUGUCCAACACCGCGCUUUGCGAGAGGGAGCGGCGCUCACUACGGCCAUUGGUCAAACUUCCGUGGCUAGCAACUAUGAUACCCAGGCCGACAACCUUCUUUGCUUCUUGCAAUCAUAUUGGAACCCCACCGGCGCAUACGUCACCGCCAACACUGGUGGUGGCCGGUCUGGCAAAGACGCCAAUACCGUGCUGACGUCUAUCCACACCUUUGACCCCUCUGCUGGUUGCGACGUUGUCACUUUCCAACCUUGCUCUGACAAGGCGCUGUCUAACCUCAAAGUCUAUGUCGACGGGUUCCGUUCUAUCUACACUAUCAACAGUGGCAUUGCUGCGAAUGCCGCCGCCGCCACUGGUCGUUAUCCUGAGGAUUCUUACAUGGGUGGUAACCCUUGGUAUCUCGCUACCUUCGCCGUCGCUGAACAGCUUUACGACGCCCUCAUCGUCUGGGACGCCCAAGGUUCACUCAACGUCACUUCCACCUCCCUCGCCUUCUUCCAACAAUUCUCCCCUUCUGUUGCUGUCGGUACCUACGACUCCUCUAGCGCCACGUUCACAACCCUCACCAGCGCUGUCAAACGCUUUGCCGAUGGAUUCAUUGCUGUCAACGCCAAUUUCACUCCUUCUGAUGGGGCACUGGCUGAGCAAUACAGUAGGAACACCGGAGCCCCGGUCAGCGCCGUUGACUUGACUUGGAGUUACGCUUCUGCGUUGACGGCCUUUGACGCGAGGGCUGGUAAGGCGAGCCCCGGGUGGGGUGCUGCCGGGUUGAUUGUCCCUGCUAGUUGCUCCUCUAACAGCGGUGGAGGAGGUGGCGAUACUGUCCCUGUUACGUUCAACGUUCAAGCUACUACGGUCUUUGGGGAGAACAUCUAUCUCACUGGUUCAGUUGACGCUUUGCAGAAUUGGUCCCCUGACACCGCGCUCCUCUUGUCGGCGGCGAACUACCCAACUUGGAGCACCACCGUCAACCUUCCGGCUAGCACCAGCGUUCAAUACAAGUUCAUUCGCAAAUUCAACGGCCAAGUUACUUGGGAGUCAGAUCCUAAUAGACAGAUCAACACGCCUGCUAGCGGCAGCUUCACUGAGAACGAUACUUGGCGAUGACCCAAACGUGAUGCUUCCAGAGACUGAGGUUAAUACGAUUCGCAACAUAGCUAAAGAUAGUUUGCAGACCGCGAAUGUGCAGUUGGUGCUAUAAAAAAUGAACAUGCCUUUGGCUCUUGCUAGGACUUGUAGUUACCCAGUAACUUCGCAUUGAAUGAUAUUGAAUCUUGAAAGCCUGAAUCAUACGCACAACGAUCGAAUUAAUGAAAAGGAAGUGACAGU